UUUAUGGAAGACUCCAUGUUCGGGUAAUCAACUUCUGACAAUGGCAAAGGUUCCAGGGUCUGCUGGCUUUCCAUUGGUUGGAGACAGGUCAUAUGACUUUUAUAAGGAUCCAAUCAAAUUUCAGAAUAAACACAUGGAAAAUACAAAAUCCAGAGUUUUCCUGUCAAGAUUUCUGAAUAAGCCAACAAUAUUCAUUGGAUCAAAUGCAAUACUACAGGAAGUUUUGAAAGACCAUGCUCAUGAAAUGGAACUUGGCUACAAACAAUUUAUGGGAGAGAUAUAUGGUGAAAAUAUCAUUUUUUCAGAUGGUAACUGUGCUGAAAGUUUGAGAGAAACACUUAAACAUUUGUUUACAUCAGAGGCUGUGCAGUCAUAUCAAUCUACUAUUGAUAGGGUUGUGAAAAAGGCUAUAGGAACUUUAGAAGAUGGGAAAACGUUUUGUGUCUAUCAAUUUUUCAAGAAGUUGGCUGUAGAAAUAUGCUUAAGUUUAUUCCUGGGUUUAGACUUUAGUGAAUCUGAGGCAGAGAUUAUUUCCCAGCUGACAACGACACACUGGCACGGUAUAAUAUCUGUACCGGUAGCCAUUAAAGUACCCAAGAUGAGUGAGUCAACAUACAGUAAGGCUUUAGAUGCAAAGGUACCUUUUCGGACAAUUUUAUGGAUUCAUAAAGGUAAGCAUCAUUAUACUCAAUGGAACACCCUUGUGACAAAUUUUUCGAAUAGUCGAGCCUUACUGUCCUCCGACGAAUCUUGUUAUGUUUGCUGUUUGUUUUUUUUAUUCCAGAAUGAUUUACAAAAUGAUAUGCUAGAGAAUGAAGAUUUGAUAGAAAGUGUUGUAUUGGAGGUACUAAGAUUAUACCCACCUUUUAUUGGUGGCAGGAGGGUUAUAGCUCAGGAGUUUACAGCUGGAGGUUACAAGAUGCCUGCUGGUCAUGCAAUACUCUAUCUAACCUACCUCGCUCAAAGAGAUCCUACAGUGUUUGAUAAUCCUGAUGAAUUCAAGCCAGGUAGAUGGCAUGGCAAGAAUAAAAAUGAUCGUGAUAAAUUGUUUUGUUUUGGUUCUGGUCCAAGAAGCUGCCUAGGUCAGAAAUUAGUUUGGACUUUAAUCAAGACUGUGAUAAAAGAAUUGAUGACAAAUUUCAAGUUUACGUUAGAACCAGGACAAGAUCUUGAACAUAAAUGGCUGCCAGUAUCUAGGCCAAAAGGCAACAUACUAGUCAAGUUAGAAACCAGGCAAACAGACGGUCAGAAUUUAGAGUCUUAGGGAGGAACUAAUACUCAACAAGAAAAGAAGACCUCCUAUUCUUUUAUAUUUUGUUGAUAGUUUAUUUUAAUAUGUAUAUUUAUUUUGCUAUACACUUUAUGAUCUUAUUGCAUGUUUUUACUUAUAGACCCAAAAGAGUUUGGGAUUUACAAUGUUUUCGAAAUAAUUGAAUAAAAUUGAAUCUUCUUAGCAGAUUUCUUAAUUAUAGUGUAGAAUGCAGGUUUGGGCCUCCUUAGAUUAAGGUCACAAUUAAGUCAUUCAAACUCAUAUUAGUUUAUAUCAAAGGGAGAUACUGUAAUUAUUAAUGCUUAUUUAAGUAUAUAUAU